AUGAGUUUUAGAGGUGGCAGAGGCGGUCCUCCAAGAGGUGGUCGGGGUGGGUUUGGAGGUGGAUUUGGAGGUGGAUUUGGAGGUGGAUUUGGAGGGGGUAGAGGGGGCGGUGGAGGAUUCAGAGGUGGAAGGGGUGGCGCCCCUCAGUCAUUUGGUCCUCCAGACCAGGUCUUCGAGAUCGGAACUUUUGUCCAUGCUUCCGAGGGCGAGAUGGUGUGCGAGUCUACAAAUGUGAAGAUUCCAUUCUUCAAUGCGCCGAUUUACUUGGAGAACAAGUCAGCUGUUGGCAAGGUCGAUGAGGUUCUCGGGCCAAUCAACCAAGUUUAUUUUACUAUAAAACCGCAGGAGGGAGUCGUGGCCACAUCGUUCAAGAAGGGCGAUAAGUUCUAUAUUGGCGGUGACAAGUUACUACCGUUAGACAAGUUCCUGCCCAAACCAAAGCCACCACCAGGUACUGCAAAGCCAAAGGGUAUCUCGAAGAGGGGCGGCGCUGGUGGACGGGGUGGACGGGGUGCACCGAGAGGUGGUGCACGUGGUAGGGGAGCUCCAAGAGGUGGACGAGGUGGAGCCCCUGGAGGCCGUGGUGGAUUCGGAUUCGGAGCUCCAAGAGGCGGUGCUGGUGGUCGAGGACGCGGUAUCCCAAGAGGCAGAGGAAGUGCGCCGGCAAGAGGAGGCUUCAGGGGACGGUUCUAA